CAAACAACAAACGCUAUACUCAUAAUCUCUGUUACUCCCAUUUUGAGACAAAGUAAAGUACAUCUCCCAAGGCAUAACAAUGGUUAAAACUCCAUGUACUAGUUCCAUGGAAGGAAGGAAGAAAGGAGCUUGGACGGCGGAGGAAGACCAAAUUCUCAAAGACCAUGUUCGAAACCACGGCGAAGGGAAAUGGAACACCAUUUCUAGGAAAACAGAUCUCAAGAGAAGUGGGAAAAGUUGUAGGCUUCGUUGGCUAAAUUAUCUUAGGCCCGAUAUUAAAAGAGGGAACUUUUCUGAAGAUGAAGAGGAUCUCAUUAUCAGGCUCCACAAGCUCUUGGGCAACAGGUGGUGCUUGAUAGCUGGAAGACUCCCCGGGCGGACAGACAAUGAAAUCAAGAAUUACUGGAAUACAACGUUAAGAAAGAAAUUAGCAGAAGAAGAAAACUACUCCAAGCAGUCCAAGGAAAACAUUAUCCUAAUUAACUCCACUGAAACUAUUCCAUCCUGUUCUAAAGAAACAAAACCUGCAACAACAACGAAUAAUGAUUUACAGAUUGAUGCUUCAUGGGAUUCCGUGGAGAAUGUCAAUUACAAGCAGCAAAUUGGAUCGACGUCGGUGUUUCUUCAGGGUAUCGACUUCACCGAUUAUGAGGAAGAUAAAUUCUUAACUGUCGCAUCUUCUUCAGACCAAACUCCUUUGUUUUCUGAUAAAUUGCUGGGAAGUUGGUUAGCUGAUCAAGAUAAUCUUAGCUUUGAAUUAGUCCAAGAUUCUUAAUGUCGAAUUUCAGUUUUCAUACUCAGAAAAGGUAUCUUCUUCUUCUUCUUUCUUUUUUUUUUUUUUUUUUGUCUGUUCUUCUACUUUUUCGAUUUUCUUUUGUGAUCAUGUCCUCCUUUGCUAUUGUGUAUGAUUCAGAAUUGAAUUGAAGUUCAAUUCAUAGCACAGCAUACUAACAGAGGAAGACUUCUGACCAAACUAUUGGCAAAAUAAGCGUCACCUCGUAUA